GCAUCUACACGUUUUGUGGAGUAGUAAGGAAAAAUAUCUCUGUGUUCGUGGAAGUAACGAACAAUUCUUCUCUCGCACUGUCUCCUUUUGUUUCAGAGAAAAGAAAAGAAAGAAACAACAUUAAUCGUCGUAAGCGCCUUUACGCGACGGCGCCCACCUCCGUCUUAUUGUUCUCUUAUAUAUUUUUUGUAUAAUUCACCUUGUACAGAAGUUUAUUAUUUUUCCUUUCGCCCUCUUCACCAUUUUUUCCCCCUUGUACUUCUUCUUCUAGAGCUCUGAUACUUUAUUGUUUGUUUUCGUUUCACCACCCGUUAGACGUUUCUUUUCCCUGCCUGCUCUUCUACUUCCACUCUUUGGGCUUUUCUUUCUCUGAGCAGAUCUUUCUGCGCUCCUCCGCCGUGUACAGCGCAGAUUCUCUUCUUCUUCUUUCGCGUUCUGCUAUUUUUUUUUUUAUCCGGGGGUCGCGAUUUCAUCAGGGGGGAAAGCUCGCCCGAGUUGUAUCGGCACCGCCUAUUGUUUUCGCUCCUCCUCCUCUGCGCGUUGUCCUUGACGAUUAUCCCUGGCUUGUGUGUUUUUCCUUUUCAGCACUUUGUUAUUGUACCACUAUAACCCUUCGUUUCUCUCUCUCUCUCUCUCGUGGGCCCUCCGCCCUUUCUAGAAGUUUCUCAACUUCGGCCUUUGCGCUUCCGUCUACUUUUUGUUCUCUUUCUUUGUAUUUUCUUCUUUGAGUUCUUUGCACCUUUGUUGUUGUUUGUUUAAAGAAAGUGAGAAUCGCCUCUCCUUCCAGCAGAAGCCCCCUCCCCCCGCACUCAGAUACGCCAGAUUGAUUGCCUUUUCUUUCCACAAACAAACACACGAGCGCCGCAAUACGUCAUGCUUCGCUCGCUCUUCCAAAGUUCGAGUGUUCUGCGCUCUGCCUCGCUCUUCUCCACAACUGCCGCAGCAGCGGCAGGUGCGAGCGAGGUCGGCGCAGCGGCCUUUUCGGCACAUCAUCAAACCAGCGAUGUCGACGCCUCUUCCGGUGAUGCAGCGGCCGCGCUGUCCAGCGCUCUUCAGGAUCAGCACUUCCACCACCACAGCCACGCCGGCAGGGAGGAAGCAUCGUCGUCGUGGUUGGCGGACGCCGCCCACCGGAGCAGCAGCAAUGCGCUCGUCGUGUCCAACCUGCACGACGACAGCCGCCACAGCACCGGUAAGGGCUAUGUUGGCUUCACCGGCGGCUUCGGUCCUCGGCACCUGGCAGAGGUCGCAGCCGUUGUCGCGCCGGCCCACACGUCGCGCCCUUGCACGACUUCCGAUGCCGCGGCGGCCCACGAGCACGCGCGCGCUUCGUCUGCGUCGUCACCACGUCGGCCGGUGAUUACCAAGGCGCGUCGCAUUCGCCUAGCCGCCGCCGCCUCGCAAGCGGCAGAGGUGCUGCAGUCUGUCAGCUCCCCCGCCACCGCCCUCCUGCACAGUCAGCGUGUGCAGCAGCUACAGGCAGAAGAGGCGCUGCUAAAUGCGUCCCUGCAGCGCCUCAAGGCGGAGCGAGAUUUGGCGAAGGUGCGCCGCACGAACGACACCGAGCUGCAGAACUUCCGGCGUGGCGUGGCGCAGCGCGAGCGUGACGUGCUCUUCGCAGCGAGCCCCAAGAAAAAGAGCAAACGUGCGACCUUGUCAGCAGCAGCGGCAGCGGAGGCGCUGAAGCCAGACCCGAUGGUCAGCUACACGCAGGAAAGCGGUGGUGGCUUCAGCGAGGCAGACCUGGGUGUGAUGCCGGAGGGUGACCUGUUGGGCAUGACAGCCACGGCAGAUGCAGAGGCGGCGGCGGCGGCGGCUAGAGGUGGUGGUGCCUCCCAGAAGACGAUAACGGCGGCACGUGCGAAACUGCACCGGCAACGUCGUGCGGCGCAGAAGAGCAAGGCGGCCGCCGCGGCCGCGUCAAAAACCUCCGCAGCGUCGUUGGCGCGCCACAGCAGAAUGGAAAAAGGAAGCACCGUCAGCAACACCAAGCACAGCAAAUCGCAUGCAGCAGUCACCACACCGGUGAAGGCCUCCAAGAGUGCAAAGGCAAAGGCUCCUCUGCGCAUGAAGCCGAGGGCGCGUAGAGCACCAGUUGCAAAGGCGGUGCUGCAAAAGUCAAAGGCGAAGUCACCGGAACGCGGCAAAGGAGCUCCUUCUCCGUCAAAGCUGCAGAAGAGACAGCGGAAGAGCGAGAGCGCACCGGGAAAGCGGGGAACGGCGGCCCAACGCAAACCCGCAGCUGCUCCGCAAAAACACAUGCGACCGGUGAAGGCCCCUGCGCAGACACAGACGCGAAAGAAGAAGACGCCCGUGUCGAAGCCACGCAGGAGCGGCUCGACGCGCACGAAGCCCGCCGCGCCGAAAGGUAAGCCGAACAAGAAGGCCUCGAGAAAGUGA